GGUGAAUUGUUCUUCCUGUUCAUCUCUGUGGGCUUGCAUUAUUUAUUUUUGGUUGUUGCAUUUAGUCUGCUGUUUCAAUCAAAUGCUAUGCUCCUUGAUCUGUUUAGGAAAGUGUGGUGUAAAUGUGUGAUGCAUUUCUUGUUAGGAUGCCGUGCCAGAUAUGCUUUUCCUUUCUAUUUUCUGGACUUUGGGAACCUGGAGGGGCUGUGCUUGUGGGCUAUUGAAGAAGAAACAGUAUUGGUUUGGGGAAAUUUACUGAGAAAAAUACUGAUGCCGUGUUGCGUGUAUCGGUUUCAUUUAGCAUGUCGAAAGCAUGCCGUUACUUAAGUGUAAGGAAUUUGGAAGGGAGUUAUUCUAGUUUCUUCCUGGGGAUUUUCAGUUGCUGGGGAAUUUUUUAAAGUCUUGAAUUUUGAUGUGAUCUUCACUUCUUCAGCCCUCCUGCCAUUUUUACUUCCAAAUAUAGAUUGUGAUAUCAGUAGAAGAUUCAGGUGAUAUGGCUGUGUAUGAGGUAUUGUUUUGAAUGCCUGUCGAGGAAAAAAUGUUAAAUUAACCUUUUUUGUUGUUGAAAAUAUUGCAUAUCAUUGGUCGAAGUUGACUUUGCCAUAAUUCUUCAAUUAUAACUGCAUCAGUCUUUAUUUUCAGAAGAUAGUUUGGUAUUUUCAGUUUCAUCGGUGCUCUUAAGAGCAUCUCCAAGAGUUCUUCCAUCCCACACGCUAUCCCACUCGGUAGCCAAAAUACCCAAAAUCCGGUCUCCAGCAGCGACGCCAUCACGCUCACUAUUUUGACGCGCACUCCAUAUCCGGCCUCCCUCACGCCAAAUGUGGCGUCCCUCUCCCCGCACGCCAAAUCUCCGACCGUCGCUCGCCCGUGCGCUCCCGCCACCAUCCGAAUGCCCGUCCUCCCCACCGUUGCUGCUGUUUCUCCUCCUCCUCCUGUCGUCCCCUCUCCAGGUGCCUCUCCCUCUCGAGGCUCAGUGACGCGUCGGGCUGCGGCAAAGUGGUCCGCGGCCGCAGCCCGCCCCGGAGAGGGAGGAGGAGCCGGCAGACGAGGAUGGGAGGGAGAGGCCGUGGCGGCGGCGGAGAGCGCGGAGGAAGCAGCAGAGCAGCAGGCGGAGGGCGCGGAGGAAGCGGUAGAGCAGCAAGAGGAGGGGGAGGCCAAUGCCUUUUUGCCCAAGUUGCUCUCAACGGAAGGCAAUGCUGUUGACCGCCGCUGCUCGAUUCGAUGCCCACAUCAAUUUCAGAUACUCGCCAGAGAUCCGCCGCCUCACAUGCCUUCAUCAAUGGAAAGCCCAUCCGGAAGCACCUCCGCCCCUUCUGUCUGCACUCCACCGCGCAAAUCCAGCAAAAAUCGCACCACAUGUGGAUUCAGUAGCCUUCCCCCGUUCCGUUUUUGUGGUCUCCGGGGCCACUCCAUCCGAGCCUCGCUGCCGGCGAGGAUCAAGCGUGUUGCUGUGAAGAAGGCCUAGUGAAAACAUACUCUGCUGCUUUUAUGUUUUUUGACUUACAAAGCACUAUUGUGAGCUAUACGCUUUUUCUCAUGGCUUCAACCAAACACCAAAACGUGUGGACCCGCGAAUAUAUUGUUAGUUAUAGAAUACUAUUAAAAAAUAUGAGAGAAUAUAGAGGGUGAAAUAUGGAUGUGCUGUUGGAGUGGUGGAGUAAUAUGGAGGGAGAAUCUUUAUAGAUGGCAAUCCAUAUGAGAAUAUGGAUGGUGAAAUAUGGAUGUGCUGUUGGAGUUGCUCUAAGCUAGAUAAAAAGUGUGUUGUGCAGGACAUGCUGAUGUGAUUUACUAUGUACUUUUAUAA